AAGCCGACCCACUGAUCCAUUUACCUACACUCCACGAUGCUGUCCUGUGCCUCUUUCAACAAACUUAUGUAUCCAACGGCCGCAGAUGUGGCCAAAUCGCCCAUGGGGGGCUUGGAGGUGGAUGGCGGAUCCAUGGGAUCGCUGGCCAGUCUCCAGGCCCUGCCUUCGACCACAUCGGUGGGCAGUGGAGCCCCCAGCGAGACCCAGAGCGAGAUCUCCUCGGUGGACAGCGAUUGGAGUGACAUACGCGCCAUCGCCAUGAAGUUGGGCGUUCAAAACCCAGACGAUCUGCACACCGAACGUUUCAAGGUCGAUCGCCAGAAACUGGAGCAGCUGAUAAAGGCGGACAGCUCCAUCGAGGGGAUGAAUGGAGCCGAGUAUUUCUUUCAUGACAUCAUGAACACGACGGAUACGUAUGUGAGCUGGCCUUGCAGACUCAAAAUUGGUGCCAAGAGCAAGAAGGAUCCGCAUGUGCGAAUUGUGGGCAAGGUGGAGCAAGUGCAGCGGGCCAAGGAGCGCAUCCUGAGCAGCCUUGACUCGAGGGGCACCCGGGUGAUCAUGAAAAUGGACGUCAGCUAUACGGACCACUCGUACAUCAUCGGACGAGGUGGCAACAACAUCAAGCGCAUCAUGGACGACACCCACACCCACAUCCACUUCCCCGACUCGAACCGCUCCAAUCCCACGGAGAAGUCCAACCAGGUGUCGCUGUGCGGCAGCCUGGAGGGCGUGGAGCGGGCCCGGGCCCUCGUCCGGCUCUCCACGCCGCUGCUCAUCUCCUUCGAGAUGCCCGUGAUGGGACCCAGCAAGCCGCAGCCCGACCACGAGACACCCUACAUCAAGAUGAUCGAGACCAAGUUCAAUGUGCAGGUUAUAUUCUCCACGCGUCCCAAGCUGCACACCUCGUUGGUUUUGGUCAAAGGAUCCGAGAAGGAAUCGGCUCAGGUCCGAGAUGCCACCCAGCUGCUGAUCAAUUUCGCCUGCGAGAGCAUUGCGAGCCAAAUCCUGGUGAACGUCCAGAUGGAGAUCUCGCCGCAGCACCACGAGAUCGUCAAGGGCAAGAACAACGUGAACCUGCUCAGCAUCAUGGAUCGCACCCAGACCAAGAUCAUCUUCCCCGAUCUGAGCGACAUGAACGUGAAGCCGCUGAAGAAGUCGCAGGUCACGAUCAGCGGACGCAUCGACGACGUCUACUUGGCGCGACAACAAUUGCUUGGCAAUUUGCCCGUAGCAUUGAUUUUUGACUUUCCGGACAACCAGAACGAUGCCUCCGAGAUAAUGAGCCUGAAUACCAAGUACGGCGUCUACAUCACCCUGCGCCAAAAGCAGCGGCAGAGCACCCUGGCCAUUGUGGUCAAGGGAGUGGAGAAGUUUAUAGACAAAAUCUACGAGGCCCGCCAGGAGAUCCUGCGCCUGGCCACGCCGAUCGUGAAGCCCGAGCUGCCCGACUACUACUUCAUGCCCAAGGACAAGGACCUCAACCUGGCCUACCGCACCCAGUUGACCGCCCUGCUGGCCGGCUAUGUGGACAGCCCAAAGACUCCAUCGCUGCUGCCGCCCGCUCUUACCGGCCAGCUGACGCCCUAUGCCAACAACAAUCACUUGCUGUUGAACGCCAACGGGCUGGCCACGCCCACCGGCAUAUGUGCGCCCACACAGAAGUACAUGCAGUUGCACAACAGCUUCCAGCAGAGUCAAGGUCGUUCGCUGGUGGGCGGUGGCACUAGCCAAAGCAACAACUAUCUGCAGGUUCCCGGAGCGGUAGCGCCACUCAAGCCACCGACCGUUUCGCCGCGGAACAGCUGUAGCCAGAAUACCAGUGGCUACCAGAGCUUCAGCAGCAGCACCACCUCGCUGGAGCAGUCGUAUCCGCCGUACGCCCAGCUGCCGGGCGCCGUGUCCUCCACGUCCUCCUCCACGGCGGGAUGUCCAAACCGGGCCCACUACUCGCCGGACUCCACCUAUGGCAGUGAAGGCGGUGGUGCUGGUGGUGGUGGUGCUGGAGGCGGUGGCGGUGGAGCUGGGGCGCGGCUGGGUCGCCGUCUCAGCGAUGGAGUGCUCCUGGGACUGGGAAAUUCCAGCGGUGGCGCAGGAUCAUCCCCGGGCGGCGGAGUCCAUCUGCUGCCCGGCAGCGCCGAGAGCUACCGAAGCCUGCACUACGACCUCGGUGGCGGGAACAAGCACACCAGCGGCCACCGCGCCUUCGACUUCGACAUGAAACGGGCCCUGGGCUACAAGGCCAUGGAGCGCACUCCGGUGGCGGGGGAGAUGCGCACACCCACGCCCGCCUGGAUGGGCAUGGGCCUGAGCAGCACCUCGCCCGCCCCCGCCCCCGCCCCGCUGGAGAACGGGGAAGGAAAUGGGGGCGGUGGUGGUGGUGGCUGGCGGCUACCGCCAGGACUUGGAUCUCCCUAUGGGCUGAGUGCCACCACAGGACUGCUGGACGCCACGCCGGUCAACCGACGGUUGCAGCUCGCCCAGCACAAGGACAUCCAGACUUUGCUCACCAGCUUGGGUCUGGAGCAUUACAUCAAAAUUUUCGUGCUGAACGAAAUCGACCUGGAGGUGUUCACCACGCUGACCGAGGAGAACCUGAUGGAGCUGGGUAUCGCGGCGUUUGGAGCUCGCAAGAAGCUGCUGACGGCCAUUCACACGCUGCUGGCCAACGAGGCGGCCUGCAGCACAAUGCCCAGCAGCAGCUCCUCGCAGAACUCCUCUUCGCCGCGAUUCUCCGGCAGUGCGGCCCCGGGCGCUGAGCGCCGUCCCUCCAACCAGUGGUGAUCCGCCCCUGUGGUCUGCUUUCUUUUUCUUUUUUUUUCUGCAUGCCCCCCCCACUUAUUUGGUAGUCGUAAGAGAGAUCAGGAGCGGAGUCGGAACGUAAUCAGUAUAGGAAAAACAGGAGGAAAACGGCAAACUCAGUGGGCCAGCAAACACACCUUUCCCCGAAAACUCACAGCCUUGACCUUGACUUAUACUCGCAUUUGUACUCAAAUUCCAAGUAGCAGAGCUGCGCACGGGAAAGUUUUCGCCCAGUUUGCCCCCCGAUCGUAGAUCGUAGUAGCCCUCGUUUUAAGCGAUUAAUUUAUUUCGAAAUUAUUUAUAUAGAAAAGAGAGUAGGCCCCCCCGUCUUAAGCAAAAAUAUUGUGAAUUAUUUAUGAAAUCUAACCAAAACGAAAGCACGUAUUGUAAGAAAUGAAUUUAUGUAAAUUAACUG